UACAUGUAUUCAUCAUUUUAGAGAGAGAGAGAGGGGUGAAAGAUAGAGAAAUGGGAAGUGACUGUGGAGGAGAGAGUUAUCAUAAGUUUCACGCCACCCACCAACUCUAUCUUAACAAGAAGUACCUUAGAGACCCUGAAAUUCCUCCGAGGAAGCUCGCCGGCGGCCGCCGGACCGCCGCCGACCCCGACCCUUUCGUCGAUUCUCCGACGAAGGCGGAGGCGGAAACCCGUUUCCAGAAAUACCUGCCCUGCAACAACAGCGACGAUGACGGCGAGGGCGAUGACCCGUACUCUUCGGACACUUUCCGGAUGUUCGAGUUCAAGGUGCGGCGGUGCACGCGCAGUCGGAGCCACGAUUGGACCGACUGCCCGUUUGCCCACCCCGGCGAGAAGGCUCGCCGGAGGGACCCCCGGAGGUUCCGCUAUUCCGGAACUGUUUGCUCAGAGUUCCGGAAAGGGAACUGCCUCAGGGGGGAGGGGUGCGAGUACGCACACGGCGUGUUCGAGUGCUGGCUCCACCCGACCCGGUACCGGACCGAGGCGUGCAAGGACGGGAAGAAUUGCAAGCGCAAGGUUUGCUUCUUCGCCCACACGUCCCGCCAGCUGCGCGUCAUGCCGCCAGAGGGCCUCGAGAAUUUCCCAGCGGUGGCCGCCGCCGCCGCCCCCGCCGGAAACCACUGCUGCCUGUGCUGCCACUCGCCGAACUCGACGCUCUUGGCGGCGGGAAUCUCCCACAUGUCGCCGCCGGUGUCUCCGUCCCUCCCGUCGCCCCUCUCUCCGGCAAAAGCCCCGUUUUCUAGAUUCGGAGGCGGGCAUGAGGCCGAACAGCUGGUGAGCUCUUUUGAAUCCAUGAAUGUUAAUGGAGGUUGGGGUCAAAACUAUGGCAAUAGGGGACUCAAGAGAGGUCGCGGUGGCAUGUCUUGGAGGGGUGCUGCUAGGCAGCAACCUCACGGCCCUGUGACAAAUGCUAGGAGGCAGCAGCCUCACGCUGCCCAAGUGGCCGCUGCCCAAGUGGCAGAUGCUGGGACGCCGCAUGGCAGUGGCAAUGGCGAGAUUUCCAGCGGGGAUGUGGUUCCUUCCCUCUCCACCGAACAGUAGGAAAUUUUUUGCGCUCUUUUAGCUUCCGCAAAGGAUUCUUCAUCAGAGAAGUUGUCAGGUAUUUCUUUUACUAAACGAUGGAUUAUAGAUAGUGAAGUUUGCAUUAAAUAUGACUAAAACAUAAUGACUUUCCUAAUGUAGGACUUAAACUUUUUUAUUCCCUAAAUAGGACAUAAUAAUGACUAAGUUGUAGG